AUGGAUAAAUCAGAGAAAUUACAAUCGUCAAUAACAGUAGCUGUGCGAGUGAGGCCGUUUACAGAGUAUGAGUCUCUCCAUUUGAUAAGGGACAAUGAUGAAAACUUUCAAUACCCUUCAUUGGGCGAUUCUUCUUUAACUUUGCCUGGGAGUAGAGAGGAAAAUAAUGACAGUAAUACCACUAUUAACUCCAAUAAUAAUAAUCAUAAUAAUAAUAAUUCUAAAAAUGAUAUUUGGUACACUGGUAAAAAUCCUUAUUUACUUAAACCUAAUGGGAUUAGAAAAAUUGUAGAUUGUGUAGAUGAGAAAAUGCUAAUAUUCGAUCCAUCGGCAACAAAUCCUUUAAAUAAGUUGAGUGAAACUGUUUUAAAUUCAAUGUAUUCGAGGAAACAAGUGAGUCGUAGACAGCUGAGAAGGAAUGGUGGUGAAAUUAAAUUUAUUUUUGACAAAUUAUUUAAUGAAGGUUCAAGUCAGUUGGCAGUAUAUCGUUCUACAACAAGUUUGUUAUUAGAUUCUGUAUUAGAUGGAUUCAAUGGAACUGUAUUUGCAUAUGGUGCAACAGGGUGUGGGAAGACGUAUACUAUCAGUGGUACACCUGAACAACCAGGGAUAAUAUUCUUGGCAAUGGAGGAAUUGUUUCAGAAAAUAGAAAAUAUUAAAGAUACCAAAAAUUUUGAAUUAACAUUAUCCUAUUUAGAGAUAUACAAUGAAUCGAUUCGUGAUUUAUUAAAUCCAGAUACUCCUUCCAAAAAAUUAGUCAUACGUGAAGACAAUGAAAGCAAAAUAAGUGUAGCGAAUUUAUCACAUCAUCGUCCCAAAACUGUUCAAGAUGUAAUGGACCUAAUUAUUAAAGGUAAUAUAAAUAGGACAACAUCUGCAACCGAUGCUAACGAAACAUCUUCUAGAUCACAUGCAGUUUUACAAAUUCAUAUAUCUCAGACAAAUAGAACAGUUGAUUUAACCAGCAGCCACGUAUUUGCCACAUUAUCUAUAAUUGAUUUGGCAGGUAGUGAGAGAGCAGCUUCGACUAAAAAUCGUGGCGAAAGGUUAUAUGAGGGUGCCAAUAUUAAUAAAUCCUUAUUAGCAUUAGGAAAUUGUAUCAAUGCACUAUGUUUGAAUGACGGUACACGCAGGUCGUGUCAUGUUCCAUACAGAGAUUCUAAACUAACAAGAUUACUAAAAUUUUCAUUAGGUGGGAAUUGUAAGACAGUGAUGAUUGUGUGUGUAUCACCGAGCAGCACGCAUUAUGAUGAAACUUUAAACACUUUAAAAUAUGCUAAUCGUGCCAAAGAAAUCAAGACCAAAGUUAUUAGGAACCAACAAUCUUUGAAUCGACACGUUGGAUCAUAUCUGAAGAUGAUUACAGAACAGAAGAAGGAAAUUGAUGAAUUGAGACAAAGAGAACAGAAUAUGAUCGAGAUUCAAUUAAAGAAGUAUAAAUUAGGGAGAGAAAAAAUCCAGCUAUCAAUGGACGAUUGUUUAAGAAAUAUACAAAACACGUAUGCGCAAACCAGUAAAUUCCAGAAUGCCAAGAAUAUUAAAUCAUUGAUACUUUGUAAACGCCGGUUCUUACAAAUGAUAAACUUAGAAUUGGAUAGUGUAUUAUACGUUGUUAAUAGUACACAAGAUAUGGGUGUUAUGGAGACUUGCAAUAUAUUGAAAGAACAGAUAUUGAAUAAGAUACGAGAAUUGGAAGAACAAUUUGACACACCAGAUGAGUUGGAUCUAGUAAUUGAGCAUUCCAAGAAAAAUGAUGCGAUGAAAUUAUCUGAGAUGGAGUAUUGGGAUGACAUUAUAGACCGAGCUAAUUUUGAAAGUCGAUUAGACAAUAUCAAUGAAGUAGUUCGAAAUGAAGUGCUUGUCAAUGGAUCUAUGUUAACUGAGAAACUAUUUGAAAAUGAAAACUUGAUGUACAAGUGCAAAUUUUUCUCCAAAUGUUUGUAUCAUCAAGGAGAUAUCAAUGAGUCGUUACAAGAACUAUUAGAUAUCGAUAAAGAGUUUGAACAAUUUGGACAAAGGAUGUUUGCCAGUAUAAACUUCAACGUGAAUGUAUCGAAAACUCAAAAAGUUGCGACAGUGCCCAUAGCGUCAGUAUCAUCAGAGAAGAAAUUGGUGAAACCUAUUAAAGUGACUAAAAGCACUACUGAGAUGAGUAAUUCUACUAAUAGUUCGCCGUCACCCAAAAACAUUGAAAAAAUUCUAAGACCAAUAAUAGCAUCGAAGAAAACGGCGACUACGACAUGGACGAAUAGCCAUAAUAACAAUGGGCAAACGCCGGUGAAGAGGAAGAGUAUACGUAAUACGAGUCGGAUGUCGUUAGAUCCUGAGAUUACAGACAUUGAUGUGAGCAUGCAGGAUAUAUAUCCAGUUCAUAGCAAUACGUUGUUGGCACCACCGUUACGCAAACCAGAAGCCAGAUAG